CGUUCACCAAUUAGUGAGAUAAAUUAACGGUUGCCAUGGUAACAUAGUGGUUAGCAUAAUCACCAUUACAGCUCAGUGCAUCAGAGUUCAGAGUUCAAUUCCAGUGUCAUCUGUAAGGAGUCUCUGUCCGUCCUCCCCAUGGAAUGCAUGGGUUUUCCCCGGGUUCUCCGGUUUCCUCCCAGUGUCCAAAGACGUACCGGGUACUGUGGGACUGGGUACAUUUUACACUGUUUAUAAAUCUGAUUCCAGGUCUCCAUCCCAAUGUGGGAGAGGGGGAGGUGACCAAGACCGUCUGCUUCACUGUGGGUAAAAACGCCUGUUUUGGGAGCCGAGAUAUCAGGGUGAAAAACUGCUCCGGUUACUUUGUGUAUCGGCUGAAGCCGACACCCCGGAGUAACGCUGUGUACUGUACAGUCACAGACUCUGCACUCGGUGAUCCGUGUGUAACCCACACCGUCCUGGAUCAGCCCUGGAGGAGCACGAAUUGUUCCAACACUGAGUGUACCGGUGGACAAUGGAUGGAUGAUGGAAAUCUUGCAGUGGGAUGGUACAGAUUUAACAGUUCCGGAGGAUGGAAGAUUCCCGAGACGGUCGUUCCACAGGAUCACUGUUCCGGGCAGAUCCCAGGAUGGUUAAACGGUCCCCAUCCCAACGUGGGAGAAGGGGAGGUGAUUAAGACCAUAUGCUUCUCCUGGGAUACACACACCUGUUACCUGAGCCAGGGGAUCAAGGUGAAGAACUGCUCCGGUUACUUUGUGUAUUGGCUGAAUCCAACACACUGGGGUUAUGCUGUUUACUGUACAGAUCCCCAUUUGGACAACACUCAGGAACCCCAGGGAACAGUGACAGGAGAACCUGGUCCAGGUUUGACCACCACCCUGGAACGAUCUACAAGCUCAGGAGUUCGCGUGUGGAUUAACGUGCAGCUGACAUCGAGUGGAAACGUGAGUGAGGAUGAAGUGUGGAAAGCCAUUCGACGAAAGCUCCAGGAGAUGUUCGGUGAUCCAAAUCUUCAGAUCAAGCUUGCACGGUUCAGGGCAGAACCUUCAGAGGAGUGAAGGAGUGAUCUGUCAACGAGUGAAGGAGUCUGCAGUUCCAUCUCCCUGACGCUUUACACACUCUCCCUGACUCCAGCCUGCCUUUAGACAAGUAUACGGCUCACAGAGGGUUAAUCCCAGGAGAGCCUGAGAUGUUGCUACACUCUGCUGAUUCCCCAGUGUGCCGCAGUCUGCGAGCUUUUAGUUGCUCACAUUGUGAAGUACGAUCCCAUUGAGUAGUGACGCCAGAAGCCCAGAACUGAGAGUGAGCACACAGACCCGGCCUGUUCCAGGAGGAGCAGAUCCUCCGAAUGAUGAGGAUCAAUCACAGAACAUCCCGGGUACGGUCCCCGUAAACACCGACACCCCUCACUACAGGACCGGGUCGGUGUGAGACGUCACACACCUUCCACAGUGUACGGUCCGUAAACACCGACAACCCUCACUACAGGACCGGGUCGGUGUGAGACGUCACACACCUUCCACAGUGUACGGUCCGUAAACACCGACACCCCUCACUACAGGACCGGGUCGGUGUGAGACGUCACACACCUUCCACAGUGUACGGUCCGUAAACACCGACACCCCUCACUACAGGACCGGGUCAGUGUGAGACGUCACACACCUUCCAAAAUGUAUGGCCUUCUAAAAAUCCAAAUACCCAACGUCCACUGGUUCUCCUUUGUGUAGCCUACUUGUCAUUUCCUCAAAAAAAUGCACUGAGUUUGUCAGGCAGGAUUUUCCUUAAAGGAAACCAUGAUGAGUUGUCAUAUGCCUCCAGGUAAUCCAUAACCUCUUACGUGACAAUCGACUCCAACAACUGCCCAACCACAGAUGUCAAGCUAAAAAGUCUAUAAUUUCCUUUUUGCUUCCUUGCCCCCUUCUUAAAUAGCGGAGUGACAUUUGCAAUAUUCCAGUCCUCCGGACCCAGGCCAUAAUCUAUCGACUUUUGAAAGAUAAUUGCUAACGCCUCCGCAUCUCUACUGCUACAUCCGUCUGAACAUGAGGGUUGAUUCCAUCUGGUCCAGGAGAUCUAUCUACCCUUAGACUAUUCAGCUGCCUGAGCACUUUCUCUGUCGUAAUUGUGACUGCGUAUAUUUCUCUUCCCUGACACCCUUGAAUGUCUGGUAUGUUGCUGAUGCCUUUCUCAGUGAAGACUGAUGCAAAAUCCUCGUUCAGUUCCUCCGCCAUCUCCGUAUCUCCCAAUACAAUUUCUCCAGAAUCAUUUUCUAUCAGUCCUAUAUCUACUCUCCCCUGUCUUUUACUCUUAAUAUACUUGAAAAUGCUUUUAGUAUGCUCUUUGAUAUUAUUUGGAAGCUUCCUUUAAUAGUACAUCUUUUUCCUCUUAAAGACUUUCUUAGUUUCCUUUUGUAAGCUUUUGAAAACUUCCCAAUCCUCUGUCUUCCCACUAAUUUUUGCUUCCCUGUACGCCCUCUGUUUUGCUUUUACUUUGGUUUUGACUUCUCUUGUCAGACACAGUCGCAUCCUUUUUCCAUUCAAAAAUUUAUUCUUCUUUAGAAUAUAUCUGUCUUGCACCUUCCUCACUUCUCGCAUAAAAACCAGCCUCUGCUGCUCAGCCAUCCUUCCCGCUAGUGGAAUGUUAAAAUCCCUACAUCCCCUACAGUGAGAGACGUCACACACCUUACGGUCUGUAAACACCGACACCCCUCACUACAGGAUCGGGUCAGUGUGAGACACACAUCUAGGUUUACAAUAAAGUGUAUUCAUUGCAUUAAUAUAUCAUCAGUAAUUUGCUCUUAGCUGAUUGAACUGAAAUAUGAGUGAAAUAAUGAAUCGCUUUUUGAUAAAAACACAGAACCGUGAAGACGUCAUGGUCUGUGGAUGUAGUGAGGAAGAUCCCUGAUCUCCAGAGGUACUGAGGAAAGUAUCCUGUGCACCUUUGCAGACAUCUUUGUACACUCGCAGAGCACAGGACAAUCCUGCGCCAACCCACCCAAUCAGCACGACACCCGACACAUCCAUCUGACACCCUCCCGAUCUCCAUCUCGCAGUCUGACACUCUCAUUCUCCAUCUCGCAAUCUGACACUCUCAUUCUCCAUCUCGCAAUCUGACACUCUCGUUCUUCAUCUCUGCCUCAGACACACUGUCAGUCUCUGUCUCCCCCUGAUGCACUCUUUUUUUUCGCCAUCUCACCUGCUGACACACUCUUGUUCUCCAUUUCUCUCUCUGACACAGUCUCAUUUCCAUUUUUCACACCGAGCAAGUCAGUCCAUCUCUAACCACAGAUUACCACAAAGGGAGAGAGGGAGCUUGGGACAGGGCGUCGGAGAACAGGGUGCAGAGACGGUAUAAUGUGUCCUCAGUCUGCAAGGGUUUGAACGGUUGAAAUCCAAGGGACCUUUGACUUUCCUGAAUAUUAUUUGGAAGUGAAGCUGAUGAUUUGCAUUGCUAUUGCUUGUUGUGCGUGCUCAAUAAACAUGGAAC